AUGCAAUUUGAAGUUUGCUAUGCUCUUGUUGUGUUGUCUAAGUAAUGGUUUUUAUCCAUGAUGUGGUGUUCUCUAUACAUGGUUUUUAUUGUUUCAUGUGGAAUGCGAUUCAUAUUUUGCUAUGCUCUUGUUUUUUAUAACGGAUAUGAUCGACAUAUGAUGUAUCAUAUUGAAUUAUUGCUCUCGAGCACGCAUGUUCAUCUAGUACUUUCUUCUCAAAGAUACAUUUUUAUGUUCUGUAAUUUGUAUAGUUGCAACCAGAUGUAAUUAUAGCCACACCUAUGGUAGAGGGAUGUGAUUUUCCUUGGAGGCAUUUCUCUGUGUAUAUAAUAAUAAUGAGACUCACCGACCACUGCUCUGUCCUUACUAUUGAAGUUACGGUCAUCUCUUUAGAUAUCCGAGUCUCUUAACAAAUACUUUCUCCGUUCUUUUUAUAUGACUACAUUAUACUGAAUGGAGUUUAAGAUGUUAAUUUGAUUCUAUACUAUAUUAAUAAUAGUGAAAGAAAAUAUUACAAUACUGGUUGAGAAGUUAGUUUAAUGCAGAAACCAUCAGAUCAAAGUUCAAAAUUUUGAAUAGUUGAUGAAUAUUUAGUUCUUGAAGUUGUGAAAGUAUUAUCAAAAUAGAAUCAAUCCAAAUAUUUGGGGAUGACCCAAAAAGGGAAAUGUCAUACAAAAUUGGAACGGAGACGAUACUAUUAUAGUGUGCUUGCAACUUUGCAAGGGUUAGUUCAUUAGCAUUGGCGAUUAAUGUGAUGUUUAGAUGAUGCAUAAGUUUAAUGGUUGAAUGACUAUGUUAAAUGAUCGAUUAAUUGAAGUAUGCUAGAAACCUGUUAUUCGAGAAUUCUGUUGCAUUCUCUUUUCUCAUGCUGAAACAAUGGUUCAACAAUGGGCAGUAAGCAAGCAAUUAACUGUUCCUUUCUAUAACACCUCAUUUGACAUUGCUCAGCUUUCUGCCAGCCAGAAAUUUGUGCAACUCCAGAGUUUCACCUUGUUUUCUCCAAUUCAUAUAGCAAUGCUUACAUUUCUUAUUGUGAAAUUAAUCUAAUCUAUAUGUAGCUCGAUCCCAGACUGGUUCUACUGAAAGAUGUGCUUCUCCACGUCUGUAGAAAAUCCUUAUACUUUAUUGUCUAAUUUGCUGUUGACAUAUUCUUGUUGGUUUUCCGUUAUCUGACUGUAUAGAUACUCGAAAUCUGAUGUCUAUGGCAUUCUUCUAUAAUAUCAUACAUGUUGGUUGAACCUUGAAGGUUGCUACUGAAGUUUCCUCCUUGCUGUUGAACCUUGGGAAGAGUUGUUAUCUACCAGUCAUGUCCUCUGAUAUUUGAGAGUUAAACUUGGGGUAGUGCUUUGCCCUCUGUUAAACCUCAAAUUAUGUUUUGUUCCAAUUGAACACAUAAUAAAGUAUUUAUAUUGGAACUUCUCAGAGAUUUUAUGCUAAAUUGAUUUUAUAUAUUACUACAUUUUAUUAGAACAAGCUGUGAGGAGUCAUGCCAUAUACAUAUAUGUGUGAGUGUUUUUUUUUUUUUUUUGUGAUGCAAUAACACCAUUAAUAUUGAUCAUCACUCUCUCGUUUGCCAAAAAAAAUAUAUAUGGAAAAGAUGCAGAAAUUCAACAAGAUUUAACAAGUGUACCACUGAAAAUCUGUUUUGGGAUAAGAAGGCAAAAAUAUACGAGGAAGAAAGAAUUUGAGAACUCACUUGCAUGUUAUUGUACCUAUGUAAGGUCUUGAAGCAAACCGGACAAAAGCAUUGAGUAGGACCAAUAAGUAGGGCUGGAAUGAAAUAUCGAGUCGAAUCGAAUUUUUCGUUAUUUAUUAUUUGGUAAUGUGAUAUUCGAGAGUAAAAUUUUAGAAUUAUAAUGUGGAUUUAAGUUUUAGUAUGAAACAUUAGUACCAUUUAGUAUUUGAUAAUUCUCUAAUACCGAAUUAUUUACUUAACCAUAAGCAUCUAAGAAGGAGUGGGAGUCCAAUACUCGACAACUACUACCAUAACAUCAUGGUUUCUUACAAGAUUAUAUUAUAGCCAAGUAGUGAAAAUUAAAUUUGACAACUAUCCUAGUUUGGCAUCAAAAUUUUUUACAUAUUUUUCAUCUCUUCAAAAAAAUUGAUUGAUUUAAGUGUGAGCAUUAAGUACUAUUGCUUCACAUUCAAAUCAUCCGUUUCAUUAUAAUUUUAUAAUAUCGAAUAAAUUCGUACAUUUUCAAUUUUAUAUUAUUUUAAUUUUUUGAUGGCUUUUGUUAGUGGAAAAAAGGGCAACAGUAAACAAAUAAAUUAAUUUGUCAACUCUUCUUUGUUGUCCUUUUACAAAGUCAGCUUUUAUUAGUGUGACAGAGAAUUUUAUUUAGAUUAUUUUUUAUUGUUGAAGACUGAUCAAAGCGAAUGUUAAUACAAGCUUUCACGUUUCAAGUGGUACUUGUUUAAUUCUUCUUUCUUGUAUAUAACUUUGUCCAAAAUAUCAUCAAUUGAUCUCAUCCAUACAAUUCAUUUUUAAUCGAAUCUAUGGCAUCUUCUUCUUCUGCAAGUAAUUCAAAGUAUUAUCCUCGAUGGAAGUACGUUGUGUUUCUAAGUUUCAGAGGUGAAGACACUCGAAAAACAUUUACAGGUCACUUAUACGAAGGUUUGAGAAAUAGAGGAAUAAACACAUUUCAAGAUGAUAAAAGACUAGAGCAUGGAGAUUCAAUUCCAAAAGAACUCUUGAGAGCUAUAGAAGAUUCUCAAGUUGCACUUAUCAUUUUCUCAAAGAAUUAUGCUACAUCUAGGUGGUGCUUGAAUGAACUAGUGAAGAUCAUGGAAUGCAAAGAGGAAGAAAAUGGACAAACAGUCAUACCGAUCUUUUAUAAUGUGGAUCCAUCACAUGUUCGAUACCAAAGUGAAAGCUUUGGAGCAGCAUUUGCCAAACACGAAUUAAAGUAUAAGGAUGAUGUUGAGGGGAUGCAGAAGGUGCAAAGAUGGAGAACUGCCCUAACUGCUGCCGCAAAUCUAAAAGGAUAUGAUAUCCGUAACGGGAUUGAAUCAGAGAAUAUUCAGCAGAUCGUAGAUUGCAUCUCUUCCAAAUUUUGUACGAAUGCUUAUUCUUUAUCUUUUUUGCAAGAUAUUGUGGGAAUAAAUGCUCACUUAGAGAAACUAAAAUCCAAACUUCAAAUAGAAAUCAAUGAUGUUAGGAUUUUAGGGAUUUGGGGAAUAGGCGGAGUCGGUAAAACAAGAAUAGCAAAAGCCAUUUUUGAUACUAUAUCUUAUCAAUUUGAAGCUUCUUGCUUUCUUGCUGAUGUUAAAGAAUUUGCAAAAAAGAAUAAACUGCAUUUUUUACAAAAUAUUCUUCUCUCUGAACUGUUAAGGAAAAAAAAUGAUUACGUCUACAACAAGUACGAUGGGAAGUGUAUGAUUCCAAACAGACUUUGUUCUUUGAAGGUGCUAAUUGUGCUUGAUGAUAUAGAUCAUGGUGAUCAGAUGGAGUAUUUAGCAGGAGAUGUUUGUUGGUUUGGUAAUGGCAGCAGAGUUAUUGUAACAACUAGAAACAAACAUUUGAUAGAGAAAGAUGAUGCGAUAUACGAAGUGUCUACACUGCCUGAUCAUGAAGCUAUGCAAUUAUUCAAUAUGCAUGCUUUUAAAAAAGAAGUUCCAAAUGAGGAUUUUAAGGAGUUGGCGUUAGAGAUAGUAAAUCACGCUAAAGGCCUCCCUUUAGCCCUCAAGGUGUGGGGUUGUUUAUUGCAUAAAAAAAAUCUAUCUUUAUGGAAAAUAACAGUAGAGCAAAUAAAGAAAUACUCCAAUAAGGAAAUUGUUAAACAACUCAAAAUAAGUUAUGAUGGGUUGGAGUCCGAAGAGCAGGAAAUAUUUUUAGAUAUAGCAUGUUUCUUCCGCGGAGAGAAAAGAAAAGAGGUCAUGCAAAUUCUUAAGAGUUGUGACUUUGGAGCUGAAUACGGAUUGGAUGUUCUGAUUAAUAAAUCUCUUGUGUUCAUAUCUGAAAAUGACAGGAUUGAAAUGCAUGAUUUGAUUAGAGAUAUGGGUAGAUAUGUGGUGAAAAUGCAAAAGCUUCAGAAAAAACGUAGCAGAAUAUGGGAUGUUGAAGAUUUCAAAAAAGUGAUGAUAGACUAUACGGGGACCAUGACAGUGGAAGCAAUCUGGUUUAGUUGCUUUGAAGAAUUAUGUUUUAAUAACGAGGCAAUGAAAAAAAUGAAAAGGCUUAGGAUAUUACACAUAUUUGAUGGUUUUGUCAAGUUCUUCUCUUCGCCUCCCUCUUCCAAUUCCAAUGAUUCAGAAGAAGAAGAUGAUUCCUACGACUUAGUCGUAGAUCACAAUGAUGACUCUAUUGAGUACCUGUCCAAUAACUUGCGUUGGUUAGUCUGGAAUCACUAUUCUUGGAAGUCAUUGCCAGAAAAUUUUAAACCAGAAAAGCUUGUUCAUCUUGAACUCCGUUGGAGUUCGCUUCAUUAUUUAUGGAAGAAAACAGAGCAUUUGCCGUCUCUACGAAAGCUAGAUCUCAGCUUAUCUAAAAGUCUGGUGCAAACACCAGAUUUCACGGGGAUGCCAAAUUUGGAGUAUUUGAAUCUGGAGUACUGUAGUAAGCUUGAAGAGGUUCACUAUUCCCUAGCAUAUUGCGAAAAACUCAUUGAGUUAAAUUUGAGUUGGUGUACAAAGCUUAGGAGAUUUCCAUAUAUUAACAUGGAAUCUCUUGAAUCUCUGGAUCUACAAUAUUGCUAUGGUAUAAUGGUGUUUCCAGAAAUCAUCGGAACAAUGAAGCCGGAGUUAAUGAUUCUCUCAGCAAACACUAUGAUAACUGAACUACCAUCAUCUCUUCAGUACCCAACUCAUCUCACAGAGCUAGAUUUGAGUUGCAUGGAAAACCUUGAAGCUCUUCCAAGCAGCAUUGUCAAGUUGAAAGAUUUGGUGAAGUUAAAUGUGUCGUACUGCUUAACGCUUAAAAGCUUGCCUGAAGAGAUUGGUGAUUUAGAAAACUUGGAGGAACUUGAUGCUUCGCGUACUCUAAUUUCACAGCCUCCAUCUUCCAUUGUCCGCUUGAACAAGCUUAAAUCCUUGAAGUUAAUGAAACGAAACACAUUACUAGAUGAUGUGUGCUUUGUGUUUCCUCCGGUGAAUAACGGGUUACUCUCAUUGGAAAUUCUGGAGCUCGGUUCCUCCAAUUUCAUAGAUGGAAGAAUUCCGGAAGAUAUUGGCUGUUUAUCCUCUUUGAAAGAGUUACGUCUCGAGGGAGAUAAUUUCAAUCAUUUGCCUCAAAGCAUAGCCCAACUUGGUGCACUUCGAUUCUUGUACAUAAAAGAUUGCAGGAGUCUUACACGUCUGCCAGAAUUUCCACCGCAAUUGGAUACAAUAUUUGCAGAUUGGAGCAAUGAUUUGAUCUGUAAGUCACUGUUUCAAAAUAUCUCAUCAUUCCAACAUAACAUCUCUGCUUCAGAUUCGUUGUCGUUAAGAGUGUUUACGAGUUUGGGGAGUAACAUCCCAAGCUGGUUCCACCAUCAGGGAACAGAUACAAGUGUUUCAGUCAAUUUGCCUGAAAAUUGGUAUGUAUCAGAUAACUUCUUGGGAUUCGCUGUAUGUUACUAUGGCAAUUUAAUUGAGAACACAGCUGAAUUGAUUAUGAGUUCUGAAGGGAUGCCAUGUAUCACCUGGAAAGUUUUGUUAUCGAAUCAUUCAGAAUGUACAUAUAUUAGGAUUCAUUUUUUCUUGGUACCUUUUGCUGGCUUAUGGGAUACAUCUAACGCGAAUGGUAAAACACCAAAUGACUAUAAGCACAUUAUGUUAUCUUUUCCUCCAGAAUCGAAGGAGUGUGGAGUUCGUUUGUUCUAUGAAGAUGAAUCUUUGCUUGAGACCACCAAUGAUGAACUUACCAUUGGGGUAAGGAGGAUCAGAUACGACGACGACGAUAGUGAACAUUAUGAGGAGGCUAGUUGUUCCUCUUCUAAGAAACAAAGAUCAUAAUAGAGGGAGCAAAGGCGGAGCCAGAAUUUUCAAUAAGAGGGUUCAAAAUCUAUAGAAAUAAAUAGGCGAAUGGGGUUCGACAUCUUACUAUAUAUACAUAUAAACUUAUUUUAACCAUGUAUAAAUAAUAUAAUUUUCCGUCGGAGGGGGUUCGGAUGAACUCCCUUCUACGAAGGUAGCUCCGCCCUUGGCAGGGAGGUUGGGAAAACAGUGAAGCAUUAAUCAAAGUGUGAGACAGUGGAGGAACUUUCACAUAUAGCGAACAUAAAAAUCAUAUUUGUAUGUUAUAGUUAUAGUUUUCAUAAUUGUGCUCCGUAGCAAAUUUUAUGUUUGCUAUUGAACUUUUGAUUUGUAUAAUUCGCU